CCAAGCAUCCUUCGGACAUCAGAAACUAAUUGCUUCUCCGAAGUAACUCAUCUCGGUUAGAAAUAUUCCCGCUGAAGAAAGGCUUGCAAUCAUGAAGUGCAUCGCAGCUGUAGUCAUGAUGGCUUUCGUCGCUGUCGCCCAAGGUGGACUGAUCUACAAUGCUCCGUGGAUUUAUACUCUACCGCAUACGACCGUCGUGCAGAGCAAUUCGAUCCCAAAACUGAUAACUCCAGCCUCCUUCGGUGGAUGGCCAUUUGCCCCGGCAGCACCGAGUCCCACUGCAUGGCCCUUCGCUGCGCCCUACUACUACCCCUACAGUAGUCCGUUCACAACCUACCAACCGGCGGCGCCGGCUUUGCUGCUACAGAAGGAAGCCCGCUAUCUGGCUGCCAAUCGGGGCGCCAUUCAUGAGGCUCCACUUCCCGGACAUGUGAUCUCCCAGCAGCAGCUUAAUCUGGAACCAGCUGCGGGAACUGUUUGAGCAUUGGGACUGACACGAAUAAUUUCUGAAUAUGAAAAUGGCAUGAUACGAAGACAAAACAGUUUGACAUUUGGUGAGCAAAAAGUGAAAAUAAAUGUGCUUCAUAAUUGAA